GAUCCCGGUCCCUGGGCAGGGCCAGGGGCAGAGCCCGCUCGCUCUUGGGUAGCUCGUGCCCUGGCUAGCCGGUUCCUGGCUGGUCGCUCCCUCGCUCUCCUGCUCGCUCUCUCUCUCGCUCGCUCGCUCGCUCGCUCCCCGGCGGCGGCGGGCCAUGCGGGCCACGCGUCGCGCCGCCUCUCACCGCGCGCUCUGCUGUCGUUCCAGGUGGCCCGCCGGCUGCUGAGCCCCGCGCCGCGCGCGGACCCCACUCGGACCCCCCGAGCAUGACCAUGACCCUGCACCCCAAGGCGGCGUCGGGGAUGGCCCUGCUGCACCAGGUCCAGGCCGGCGAGCUGGAGCCGCUCGGCCGCGCGCAGCUCAAGGUCCCCCUGGAGCGGCCCCUGGGCGACGUGUUCGUGGACAGCGCCAAGCCCGCCGUGUUCGGCUACCCCGAGGGCGCCGCGUUCGACUUCAACGCCGCCGCCGCGCCCGCCUACGGCCAGGCGGGCCUCGCCUACGGCCCCGGGUCCGAGGCGGCGGCCGCUGCCGCCUUCGGCGCCGCCAACGGCCUCGGAGGCUUCUCCCAGCUGAGCAACGUGUCUCCGAAUCCCAUGGUGCUGCUGCACCCCGCGCCGCAGCUCUCGCCCUUCCUGCACCCCCACGGGCAGCAGGUGCCCUACUACCUGGAGAACGAGCCCAAUGGCUAUGCCCUGCGCGAGCCCGGACCGCCGGCGUUCUACAGGCCCAAUGCAGAUAAUCGACGCCAGACUGGCCGAGAUCGACUGGCUAGUGCCACGGACAAGGGAAGCCUGGCAGUGGAGUCAGCCAAGGAGACACGCUACUGUGCCGUGUGCAACGACUAUGCCUCAGGCUACCAUUAUGGAGUCUGGUCCUGUGAGGGCUGCAAGGCCUUUUUCAAGAGAAGUAUUCAAGGACAUAACGACUACAUGUGUCCGGCCACGAACCAGUGCACGAUUGAUAAAAACCGGAGGAAGAGCUGUCAGGCCUGCCGGCUGCGCAAGUGCUACGAAGUGGGGAUGAUGAAAGGAGGGAUACGGAAAGACCGUCGAGGAGGGAGAAUGCUGAAGCACAAGCGCCAGAGAGAUGAUGGGGAUGGAAGGAAUGAAGCAGGGCCUUCUGGAGACAUGAGAGCAGCCAAUCUUUGGCCAAGUACUCUCUUGAUCAAGCACACUAAGAAGAACAGCCCAGCUUUGUCUCUGACAGCAGAUCAGAUGGUCAGUGCCUUGUUGGAAGCUGAACCGCCCUUAAUCUACUCUGAGUAUAAUCCUACAAGACCCUUCAGUGAAGCUUCCAUGAUGGGUUUGCUGACCAACCUGGCAGAUAGAGAGCUGGUCCACAUGAUCAAUUGGGCAAAGAGAGUACCAGGCUUCGUGGAUUUGAGCCUCCAUGAUCAAGUCCACCUUCUGGAAUGUGCCUGGCUCGAGAUACUGAUGAUAGGUCUGAUCUGGCGCUCCAUGGAGCACCCAGGGAAGCUUCUCUUUGCUCCUAACUUGCUUCUGGACAGGAACCAGGGGAAAUGUGUGGAUGGCCUGGUGGAGAUCUUUGACAUGCUGCUAGCGACGUCAUCUAGGUUUCGUAUGAUGAACCUCCAGGGUGAGGAGUUUGUGUGCCUGAAAUCCAUCAUUCUACUCAACUCUGGAGUAUAUACAUUUCUGUCCAGCACCCUGAAGUCACUGGAGGAGAAGGAUCAUAUCCACCGGGUCCUAGACAAGAUCACAGACACGCUGAUCCACCUGAUGGCCAAGGCUGGCUUGACCCUGCAGCAGCAGCACCGGCGCCUGGCCCAGCUUCUCCUCCUCCUCUCCCACAUUCGGCACAUGAGUAACAAAGGCAUGGAGCAUCUGUACAACAUGAAGUGCAAGAACGUGGUCCCCCUAUAUGAUCUGCUGCUGGAGAUGCUGGAUGCCCACCGACUCCAUGCCCCCAGCAACCAUGCGGGUGUCCCCAUGGAGGAGACCAACCAGAACCAGCUGGCCCCCACCAGCUCUGCUCCACCACAUUCCUUGCCAACAUAUUAUGUUCCUGGGGAGGCCGAGAAUUUCCCCUCCACCAUCUAAGAGCUCCCUGGCUCCCCCCAAAGUCCUAAGCCUCCCUGCUGCCUCUGACGCCCAUCAGACCUUACUCUUGCAGACUCUGCCCCUGCACACUCAGCAUGCAUCCGCCCAUGGCUUUGUGCUGUGAGUGGCCCAUCCAUUUGCUUGCUCGGUUCUUAGUGGUACAGCGUCUUUGGGAAACAGCCAAAGGGAUUCCAGGGUUAGAUCCUUUGCAACAGCUAUGUUUCUCCCUGUGCUCCCUUACCAAGCAUGAGGAUUCUUGGGGUUCUCAUGAAUGAACUGAGUCUACCAGAUGGGGUUUAGGUAAAUUUGGAGGAAAGCUACAUGUGGACUUCUCAGGCCUGGGCACUAGACAUUUCACCUUCGUGAAGCACUUUUACAUGGAUCUGAGAAUAAGCCCCUGGAAGGAAUUGAUUGGGGCUCUUUUCACUGAUGGCUCAAAGAGAGCCAAGUCAGAGGUUCAUUCCAACACUCUCUUGUAUUCCUAUAAAGUCAUACCCGCAAGCCUUUGCUCUGUGGCAUGGCAAGAGCACAAUUUUCAAUGAUUGUUCAUUUCCUCUAUAGGAAUAUAAGAUGCACACAGGGAAGAAAGAUCUCCUAAUGGUCAAGAAUUUGUCAACUUAAUAUCCUGCACCAUCAGACUUGCUGAAAGCUCUAGCAUUGACCUUGAGAGCACUGUCUACAAUGGCAGUUCAUUCUUGGGCCUAUAGAAAAAAGAAAAUUGAGCAAUUAAGUCUACCAAUUAUACCACUUUUUUGUGAGGGGUAAAUAAUUAUUUGGAGGGG